AAUUAUUGCUAGUUGUUCUGCGAUUGGUCUGCUCUAGAAGCGCGAGUCUGUUCCCUUGGCCUUGUGAAAAUAUCUUGAGGCUGUUACCCUCACCAGCUUUAGGUGAAGCAUUGGGGCUCUGGAGCGGUAACUGAGGACCGCAGUUAAGGACAAUUGGCGGCCCUGCGUGCCCGGUCCAGGGGCCCGGCUGAGGGGCCUUGCCGCCUGACCUCUGGCCGAGGAGCCACGCCCCUCUCCCAGUGCGGGCCCCAGGUUGUGACACCGCGGCGCGUUGGAGGGUUUCUGAAGUUUGCCGGGCGCUCAGUCUUCUCGCCUGAAUCAGUCGUGCAUAGUUUGUCCAUCUGUUCACUGUCAUCCUACUAGAAGGUGGGGGACUCGGCAUCUGGCCUGCUGGCUCCCUAUGGAAGACCCAGGCCCUUCCACAGUGGACAAAGAUGGCAGGAGCCUAUCUGGCAGUGUCUUUGUGCCUGCACCCACCAAGGGUCCAUCUGCACAGGCGGCCUCUGAGCCCUGUAAGCCGCUGUCAGCCCGAAGACACCUGAGCAGGAAGGAUGGGCUCUCCAAGCUCUGCCAGAGCAGGAUGGCGCUCUCAGAAGACAGAUGGAGCUCCUAUUGCCUCUCAUCCCUGGCUGCCCAGAACAUCUGCACCAGCAGACUGCGCUGCCCCACGGCACCCGAGCACGUGGACCUGGCUGCACCCUUGGGCAAUGCGUCCUGCUGCUCCCUGCUGCGCGGCUUGUCUUCAGGAUGCUCUGUGCCCCUGCUUCCGGCCCCUGCGUCCAACCCCAACAAGGCCAUCUUCACCGUGGAUGCCAAGACCACAGAGAUCCUGGUUGCCAACGACAAGGCCUGCGGGCUCCUGGGGUACAGCAGCCAUGACCUGAUUGGCCAGAAGCUGGUGCAGUUUUUCCUGCAGCCGAACUCGGAGCUGGCAGAAGCCCUCAGCGAGGAGCACAUGGAGGCCGAUGGUCAUGCUGUGGUGGUGUUUGGCACAGUGGUGGAUGUCGUUAGCCACAGCGGGGAGAAGAUUCCAGUCUCUGUGUGGAUGAAGAGGGUGCAGCAGGAGCGUGGCCUGUGCUGUGUGGUGGUCCUGGAGCCUGUGGAGAGAAUCUCGGCCUGGGUCGCCUUCCAGAGUGAGGGAACCAUCACAUCCUGUGAUGAUCUCUUUGCUCAUCUCCAUGGGUUUGCGUCUGGGGAGGAUGUAGUCGGGCAGCCCAUCACAGACCUGAUCCCGUCCCUGCAGGUCCCUCCUGCUGGCCAGCCUGUCUCAGAGAGCUUGGAGAUUCAGAGGUCUGUUGGAAGAGCCAGGGAUGGCACCACCUUCCCUCUUACCCUGAAGCUGAAACCCAAGUGCGGUGGGAAGGCAGCGGCCAUGGGCGAGGCGGCACCCGAGGGCGAGGCGGCUCCCAGGCAGGGCUACUGGGCAUCCGUGUGGGUUUUCUGUACCAUCAGUGGUCUCAUCACACUCCUGCCUGACGGCACCAUCUAUGGCAUUAACCACAGCUUUGCACUGAUGUUGUUUGGCUUCAGGAAAACCGAGCUCUUGGGCAAGAACAUCACUUUCCUGAUUCCUGGCUUCUACCAUUACAUGGACCUUGCCUACAAUAGCUCUCUGCAGCAUCCUAACCUCACCAGCUGCCUGGACAUGGGCAGUGAGAGUAGGAGUGGCGAGAUGACUUCCGACCCCUGCCACGAUGCAAAAGUCGAUCUGGUGCUUGCUAGUGAUCAUGUACUGCCACAAGAUGAAACCCUGAAGCUGGUGGGAAGCCAAGACAUCUCUGCUGGGAUGCAGAUGCAGCUGGAAAUUGGAUCCAGGCUCCCAGCUGCCCAUUCCCUGCAGCCCUCUUCAGAGGCAGGCAGUGUCCUGGAGGGGCACCCACUGGCCCAGGACAAACAAUCGUUGGCUACAGACCAGAAAAGUAUCCCAGAGGGGCAUGUGCCGGCCCAUGAGAAGCAGUCACCAUCUGAGAACCAGCAGGAUGUCUCAGAGAAAAACCCACCCAUGCAUGGAGAGUGGGUGUUGCCUGCGGACCUGCAAGACAGCCAGGAGGGAAGCCUUCCAGCCCAUGGUGCAUGGUCACUGCUCACGGACCAGCAGGUUACUGCUUUGCGGGGAGCAGAGCCUGCAGUAGCACAGAUUCCCAUGCGGGGUCUUUUGGGAGAAAGCAGGUCUGGACCAGUGGACACAAAACCAUUUGUUUCCUGUGAAGACAAUGGCCCUCCAGUCCCAGCUGAGGACAGGAGCAGUGAUGUUGGAAUGUGGGACCUCCAUCAGGAGGCUCAGCGGGCACUGACGGGUGCCAGCAGUGCCAGCCUUCAGGCCAAUGCCACCAUGCCCAAGCCCAAUGCUGUAGGGCAGCCGGCAGGAGGGGGCCUCCCGUCCUACUGUCCCCACUACAGGAGCGAGUGGCUUCUACGGCAGCCAAGCCCAGACUUGGCACCCAGCCCUCCAGGGGUGGCCUGCGUCUCAUUCGGGACGCCUACCCUGGAUGAGCCGUGGCUGGGAGGGAGAGCUGCCCGGGAAGAGCUUCAGGUGUGCUUGGUGAAGGAGCAGCUGUCCAGGUUGAGCUUUGAGGGAACUCUGGGCAUCUCCUGCCUAGAGUCUGUCCCCGAAGAGCACUGCCCCUACACCACCCCUCUGUCCUGUGAUUUGAGGGGCAGAGACCUGCAUGGCAGCCACCUGGGCAGCUCCUCUGCCUGCUACGCUUUGGCUACUGACCUCCCUGAAUUCCUGGAGGCUGUGGAUGUCCGGAAAGCUGCUCUGAACUCUUGCUCUUGGAGCCUUAGGGAGCUCCUUCUCAGGGAUGGGGCAGAUGGAACUUCCUCUAGUUGUUCCUGUGCCACUUCUGAACUCGAGGGGACACCCUCUAUCUCGGCAGUGAGCUCUGAUUUUGAUGUAGAUGUGCUCCACAGGCAGAGGUCAGAUGUUCUGGGUGACAGGGAGCGGUUUCUACUGACUGGCACCUAUUUUGACCUUGGUGAAGGUCAAGGGUCCCAGGAGAGCUGCCCAGAGCAUGAGCCAACAGAAUCACCUGACAUAUAUUUGUUGUCCCCUGAACAUUAUGAAGCCAGUAGCACAGAAAGCCCAGACUGUGGCCUUCCUACUAUGGAUGCUAACCUGGAGUAUGCACACCUGUCUGCAGAGGACCCAAGGAUGAGUGCCUGGGUCACCUCUACCCCUGUGACGCCUAGGGAUGCCGGCCUGUGUCGGGAGAUCCAGGAGGGCACCUACUCGGGGAGCUGCUACCACCGAGAUGGCUUGCGGCUGAGCAUACACUUUGAGGUGAAGCGGGUGGAGCUCCAGGGCCCCUCGAGCCUGUUCUGCUGCUGGCUGGUGAAGGACCUCCUGCACAGCCACCAAGACUCAGCCACUAGGACCCGCCUGCUGCUUGCCAGCCUGCCCAGCUCUACCCACUCUGUGCCUGAGUCCCCAGGACCCAGCCUUGGGGAGGUACACAGAGCCAAGCCCAGGGAACAGGAGUCCCCCACUCCUGUGGAGCUGGAGGGACUGGCAGCCUGUGAGGGCGAGUACUCAUGCAAGUACAGCACCCUGCGCCCGCUGGGCAGUGGGGCCUUUGGCUUUGUGUGGAUCGCAGUAGACAAGGAGCAAAACAAGGAGGUGGUAGUAAAGUUUAUUAAGAAGGAGAAGGUUUUGGAAGAUUGUUGGACUGAUGACCCCAAACUUGGAAAAGUCACUUUAGAGAUUGCAAUUCUGUACAGUGUGGAGCACUCCAACAUCAUCAAGGUAGUGGAUGUGUUUGAAAACCAAGGGUUCUUCCAGCUGGUGAUGGAGAAGCAUGGCUCUGGCCUGGACCUCUUUGCUUUCAUUGACCAACACCCCAGCCUGGACGAGCCCCUGGCUAGCUACAUCUUCCGACAGCUGGUGUCGGCAGUGGGGUACCUGCGCUCAAAAGGCAUCAUUCAUCGGGACAUCAAGGAUGAGAACAUCGUGAUCGCUGAGGACUUCACAAUCAAGCUGAUAGACUUUGGCUCAGCUGCCUACUUGGAAAAGGGCAAAUUGUUUUACACGUUCUGUGGAACAAUCGAGUACUGUGCCCCCGAAGUGCUCAUGGGGAACCCCUACAGAGGGCCAGAGCUGGAGAUGUGGUCUCUGGGUGUCACACUGUACACGCUGAUCUUCGAGGAGAACCCCUUUUGUGAGGUGGAGGAGACUAUGGAGGCCACCAUCCACCCCCCAUACCUGGUGUCCCAAGAACUCAUGAGUCUCAUGUCUGGGCUGUUGCAGCCUGCCCCUGAGCAGCGCACCACCUUGGAGAAGCUCAUGACAGACCCGUGGGUGACACAGCCUGUGAACCUUGCUGAAUAUACCUGGGAGGAGGUGUGCAGAACCAACAAGCCAGAGAGCAGUCUGCUAUCCACUGGGAGCCAGGAGCAGGAGACUGAGCGAAGCAGCACAGGCUAGGAGGCUCCACGGACCCCGUCCCUGUGGAGGUUCCCAGCGGCCAGCCCUGCACAGGUCCUGAGGACCCCUCUCUACCCGCUAGCUGAACUCGUGCUUUCUGCUGCACAUCUCCACUCAGUUCAUGGAUUUCUGGCUCCUUCCACUUGGAGAAAGUAAAUUUUCAAGAACUGGCCCCCUUCACCUUCUAUAAACUCAGGUGCAAGUUUGACAGGUGCUAGAGCAAAAGCCAGUGGUAUUAUAUUUUUUUAAAGUUUAUAAAAUGGAUUUGGAGUUCAUGUUUUUUGUGACUUUGAAAAGUAUUUUAGGGUGUAAUUACUUUAUACUAUUAAAAGCUUCUGAUUUGUGAGCCUCUGGAAGGAAUAGUGUUUUAUUCUUUCUAUUUUUGUGUAUACCCAUAGGUUUUAUGGUAGCCAAGAUGAUCAGACUAUUUCAUUAAUUGAUUUCUUUGAACAGUUUCCAAAUUAAAGCAACUUCUUGAAUAAACUGUUAAGGAACCUGGGAUCAUAAAUUGCUCCACCUUGCUCAAUGUGAGAAGCACCUGGUUUCUUUAUUUUUGUAUGUGUGCACCCUACUUGCCACAGCAAGAGAGAAAUCCAGUCUCAUUCAGCAUGAGGGUCCCUCUCCUGGGGGCACUGCCAGAGAUGGGCCAGAGACUCAAGCAUCCCCUUUUCAGAGGACUUGGGAUGUGGUGUUAUCAGUUCUUCUCCAUGCACAGGUAGGCAGGCCCUGGGCUGGCUGUCUGCAAGACUGCUAUAUACCAAGCACUGUCACCCCAUGACAGCUGGCCUGCACUCUCCAGAUGUCCUGCAGCUGGCCUGUACCAUGUCCCUGUCUGCAUGACAGUUUUGCUUCAGGAUUCGAGUUUUCUGGUAUUGUUUUUAAGAAUGAAAUACACAUUGCUCUUUUGGUGUUUUGAUGCUUAUCAAGUAUAAGGUGUUACAGAAUGUUUUCAGACAGAUGUGCAUUAAUUUGAGGACAUAAAAUGCUAGCUUUCCAAUAAC